UAAAGGUAGCGUGACUACUUGUUUAAGUACAAUUGUUGGGAUUAGAAAUUUUAGACUCGGAUCAUGUACCCAUCUUACUGUAAAAUCGCGGUCAGAGGAAAACGGUUGAUGAUGUUACUGCUAGCUGGAGUUAUAUCUGUUUUUACAAUGCAUGUAUUAAGUUCGGAACAGAUCCUUUCAUUGACAGGAAAACGAGCAACAGAUUCGGUACUUCUACAAUGGCUCAAGAUUGGACCAGCCGGUAUAUCACUGGAUACGAGAUCACCAUCUGAUGAUAAUACUGCCGAUGAAUUAACGCAACGCUUAAUUAACAUGCGGGACAAGUGUGGCAUCAAUACAUCGUUUCCAAAAAUACAUGGAAGAAAAUCGAUAUUCUUUCGGUCAAAAUCAACAAAUAUUUCAUGUUGCAAAGCUCCAAAAACAGGAAGUUCUUUUUGGGGAGCAAUAAUAAUGGCUAUUGAAUCAAUAAACACGUCUCGUAACGUGUUUAAUAUUAACCGAAAUACUAUCCAUGGUCAUAAUGAAGUUACAAUACAAAACGUUUUUAAGUCUGAUACCAAAGUAAUGGUAGGACGAGACCCGUACACUCGACUGUUCUCGGCUUUUAUCGACAAGUACUUUCUACUCGGAAAUCUUGGGAGGUCAUUAAGGGAUGCCGUCGGUGCAGGUCCCUACCGAAAAGAUGGAAAUAUAUGUGGUUACAACGUCACGUUUAGUCAGUUUCUUGAGAACAUCACACAGAGAGCUCUCACAGGGGCUCAAAUGAACGAACACUUGACCCCUGUUUCUGACCUCUGUGACGUAUGUGGAAUGAAAUACGACAUGUUGAUUAGACAGGAAACCCUUAAUCGAGACACACAACACCUCUUACGUAAGGUCAAUUUGACAGAGUCAACACAAACUGCAAUUCAAGAGGCUAUCAGUCCUAAGGGAAUCAAGCAAACGAUUCAUUCGCUGAUUGCCUCGUAUCUAACAGACUACGCCACCUACCGGAAGGAUUGUCCGUCCCGUGUCCUUCACAUGGAGAAAGUGUGGGCCACUCUCCAGAUACAGGGGUAUGUCAACACAGGUGUACCAUACCCAAAACAACUCUUUGAAAACAUCCGUGAAUACAAAUCUGACAAUAUUACUUCUAUUGUUCUUCAUGCAAUCGAAUCUCGACCAAUGACAAAGGAGGAGAAAAUAAAACAAAGGGCGACAUUUGUGCGACGAGCGUACGAAGUCGUCGAGGACGAAACUAUUAGGAAAGUGCAAACAGUAUUCAUGAAAGAUUUUAUAUUGCUCAACUACGACCUUACACCUCCGCACAAAAGAUGACCAAAACAUGAUAAUCUAGCUUCAUUUUAAUUUGCUUGAUGUGUUUAGUAUAUUUUAUCCGUCAUUUUUGUAUUUUGAAAUUCGUGGCAGUAUAUCGUGAAA